AUGGCCAAAAGAAGAAGUGGAUUCACACUGGUCGAAUGUCCUUGUCCAGGCGAUCACAUUAGUAGAGGUCGUCAUAUGAUGGAAAGUUAUGGUACAGGGAAAGAAACGAUCUGUUAUAAAUGCAUGACAGAUUAUUCUCAUUCACACCUGUUCGCAACUGAAUGUACGAAAAGAGGAGAGCACAACCUUCUUACUGACGCUGUAGAGAGAGUUACCCAUCAUACCAAAGAGAAUGUCUGGUAG